UCUUCCCAGACACUGAUCUCAUCUUAUUGAGAUUCUGAGAAGACAGAGAAAUCCCAGCUGAGCAGGAAAGACGAGUUUACCGCACAUAUAUAGAGCACCGAGGCAACUUCCUCUUCACACACUCUUCACACACUCUUCACACACAUACGUGCACAAUCUAUCGGAUCUAUCCAGAGGAAACUUUAAACACACAGACUGAUCACUCUCUGAGAAAACUCUUCAACAAUCAGACAGCAGUGAUGGUGGACAACCUGCAGUUCGGGAUGGAGAACCGUGAGCGUAUCCUGGCCGUGGAGAACUCCUUCAUUCCGGGCGGGAAGCCUCUCCUCGCUCCGGGUCGCGUCCUGAUCGGAGAAGGUCGUCUGCUGAAGCUGUGCAGACGCAAACCGCAGCCCAAAGUCUUCUUCCUGUUUAACGACAUCCUGGUGUACGGCAGCAUCGUGGUCCCGGGCCGCUGGAACAACCACCAGCAGAUCCUGCAUCUGGAGGAACUGGAGCAGGAGAACCUGAAGGACGGAGUGGGAAUGAGUAACCAGUGGCUCCUCCGGACGCCACGCAAGUCCUUCCACAUCUCCGCGGCGUCGCUGGAGGAGAAGCAGGCGUGGAUGGAGCACAUCGAGUGCUGCCGGAUGGAGCGGCUGAAGCAGCUCGGGUUGCCCGCCGUGAUGAAGCCACUCGCCGCCAUCUGGAUCCCCGACGCCGCCUCGGCCGUGUGCAUGCGCUGCUCAGAGCCCUUUAACGUCACCCAGCGCAGACACCACUGCAGACACUGCGGCUUCGUGGUGUGUAACUCCUGCUCGAAGACUCGCGCCAUCCUCACACACAUCUCACCCAAACCGGUCCGGGUGUGUCGCCGGUGUAAGGUCUCUCUGUGCGAGAAGAAAGUCAGCAAUGAAGCUUUGAGGUGGAGAGACACGAUCGAGGAGAUGCCUGAAUACGAAGAAUCCAGUGAUGAGGACCAGGAGGAGAACCACACACACACACACACCGCAUGGUUCAACGCUUACCGAGAAGCCGAGCCUCUGUACUGCUACUUUAACCCCAAACACUCCAAACCUCCACAGCUGUAGUGUGAACUUCUGCAGAACAUCUAAAGAACCUUCAAACAGGGUUAAAAAGACAAUGUGAACAGUUGUGGUUCUCCACUAAAUACGAGAACACACACAUACACACACACACACCAUCAUCAUAAUCAUGAUUAUCAAUUCUUCCUAACACUAUUUCCAUCACACUUCAUCUUCAUCCACAGCACUGACGAUGUUCUGCUGAUGAACUUGUCUAAUGAAAGGAUCAGCAUGAUGUAUGAUUCUACACUGACGUGAACAACACUGAGAGCGUACGACUACACAAAAUCAACAUCAAACAUUUAAAUUAUUUAUUUAAGAUUACUGUAAUAUCAGUUUCUGUGACAGUGAACAGUUUUAUUGUGUAAGAAUUCUGACUGCUGCUGAGUUUUUUCAAUCUUGCUGUUAUAAACAAUGAUGUUUUUAUAAUUACUAAUAAUAAUAAUGAUAAUAAUAAUAAUAAUUUUUGUGAAAUUAAUAACUUUAUCACAUUCUGUACCCUCAGGAAAAAAAAGGUAUUUCAUUAGCAUUAGCAUUAUAAUGUAGUGCUGUUAUUUAAGGCUACAUAGUAGAGCGCAGUCUUAUGCUCUCUGACGUCACUACUGCUGUAACGAGUCGCCCUCUAGUGGACAUGUGAGGUGUGACACUGUAUAUAAAUGUCUGUAUGUGGAUUAUAUGUUUGUAUUUCAAAAUUUAAUAUUAACUUUAUAAUUCAAGCACUAAUAAAUAUUA